CCAGUAGUGGCUCAUUGCAGGCUGAGUUUGCUUUAAACCAACACUGGCUCCCAACUACAGGCUUGUGUGGUGCACUUCAAACACACCAAAGUCAGCCAAGCACCAGCAGGAAGCGAGGAGAGCCGCGAGGAAACAAGGAAAGGUCAAACGUUUCUUUAGUGACGGCAGGCGGGCGGAGGAUCUCCUAAACCGGGACAUGGAUUACUGGCACCACUUUGGAUUUAGUUGACACCUUCCUGACGUGAUCGGGCGAACAGGUGGAUCCCGCCGGUUUCAACGACGCCCACCUUUAUGGGGAACCAGGUGGAGAAACUAACUCACUUAAAUUACGCGGAGGUGCCGACGUCGGAUCCGAAUGGGCUCGACCCGGACGAAGACGGACCCCGAAUCGGCGUCUCGUACAUUUUCUCCAAUGACGCGGACGACGACGAGGACGAGCAUCCGGACGCCUUCCCCACGGAGAACCACCAGGCGAAGCACGACGAGAAACCGUUUGACCCCAAAGACGAGCUCGGGUGUUCGGUUUGCUUCCGGGAGGAGUGCGUGUUCGAAAGAGGCACCGGAACCGCCACCCACACCGCGGAGAGCCUGCUGAACAAGUGCAAACCGGGAGACCUGCUGGAGUUUGUCGCCACGGGACAGUACCCGCACUGGGCCGUGUACGUGGGGGACUUCCAGGUGGUCCACUUGCAUCGCGCCGAGAUCAAGAACAGCUUCCUGACCGACGUGAGUCAGGGCAGGAAGGGUCGCAUCGUCAACGCUCUCUACCGGUACCGGGCACUCCAGCCGGAGGUGAUUGUGCGCAACGCCGUGGACCACGUCGGCUCCAGGGACCGAGAACUCUACUGGAGGAACUCCGAGUGUUUCGCGGCCUGGUGUCGCUUUGGAAAACGCGAAUUUAAAAUCGGAGGGGAGAUUAGGAUCGGCAAACAACCGUACAGGUUGAGAUUACACUUUUCCGACAAGAAGACGCACGUUUUGGAGUUCCAGAGCCUGGAGGACGUGAUCAUGGAGAGGAGGAGGAACGACCAGAUAGGAAAGGACGCUGUCAUGCAAGAACUGGCCAAUCACCUGAACGCACCACACGACUAUACGGAGCAUGCGUUUGGCACCUGAUGCCGCCCGGGGGGGGUGUUCCUGUGUCGGGAUGCCUUUUGGCCUGGGAGGGGUCAACACCCAAUUAGCAUCUUUUUCCAUGAAACUGGUAAACAAGACUUGUUUACAUUCAUACAAGUGGAUUGGACACGGACUUGGUGUUAUUUUAUUACCACUGAGCAUCUUUUAUGAAUUAUUAUAUUUAUAAGCUGCAGUAAAUAUACACAAAGAAAUACACACUGAAAGGUAAUAAAAGGCAAAUUAAUAAACCCCUAUUGUAUUUUUUUUACAUUUGAUUAUUGAUUACACUUCAUGUAAUCAUUACACAAGUCUAUGUGGACAUGAUUGAUUUGUGUGGUUUUGUUUUGGAAAAAAAUGGAAAUAAAUAUAAAUGACUGAUAUAUUUUCCUUAUUUUUACUGCCUGGUUGUAAUUGAGAAUAAUUAUGAAGAAAAAAUAGUAUAUGUCAGGGGUGUCACUAGGUUCUGAUGACGGGGAAGGGGGGCUUAGCCCCCCCUGGAGAUGCACAGGAUAUGAAUGAAUGUAAUAGACAAUAAAAAAAAAUAAUCCAAAAAACAAAUAACAAGAACCGGGAUAUAACUUUCCCACUUUUGGACAGAUUUAGUAGAGGUACUUAAUUGUUAAUUGGUAAUUAUUUUAGGCCACCAUUAAAUGUACACAAGUACACACAAUAUACACUGCAAAACCGCUGGACAGUGAUCAAUUAGAAUUAUAUUAUUAAUUAGGCUAUUAUUAUUACUAUCAUCAUUAUUCUUCUGAUUAGUACUACUACUAGUAGGCUAGUAUUAGUAUUAUUAAGUUACAUUUUUGGGGGGCAAAAAUCAAUAAAAAAUAAAAUAUUAAAUUAAUUUUUUUGGGGGGGGGAAAUUAAUAAAAUAUUAUUAAAUUAAAUUUUUUUGGGGAAAAAAAUAAAAUAAAACCAAUAAAAAAUAUCAAUUUUUUUAGGAGGGCUUAAGAACAUUUUAGGGCGGCUGAGGCCCCCUAAAAUAGGCCUAAUGACGCUAAUGCUAUAUGUCCUGGUAAGUCUUUAUUCGGCAUAACAGCAAGACUAUAGAUAACUAUAAUAACUAUAACUAUAGAUGCUUUUACAGCUUUGUGGCAAGUUGUGUUCCACCUGUGGUGGACAUUUUUUUCCCAUUACUUUCACUUCUGACUGAAUAUAUGUCAUUUCUUUGUGAGUUGCCACAGGCUUGAAAUGUUCUUCACCCUUAUUUUGCUUUCAUUCCCUCCCUCGGAACUGCAGAGUUUAUUACAGUUCAGUCAUACACUCGGCUCGUAUUUGACAACACUCUUAAAUAAGAAAAAACCACCACAUAGUUGUCACGUUUGUAUUGAAAAGAACAUUUCAAUUGGAACAUAUUUGGAAGAAUUGGGGUGUGUUUUGGUUUAUGGGUCGUAACUGUUAGAAUCAGGUAGGAAAUGGACACAAAAAUGAAGAACGUGUUUGAUCUUGAAAGAAAAGCCCCCCCUUCCUGUCCCGUUUUGCAUGAUUUCAUGCCUGUUGUGUUUCCCUUUGCUUUUUUUGUGCAGGUCAUGUCCCAAAAGAGCUAAAGUAGGAUCACGUCGAUAGCGAGUAACAACAAGCGGAAAAGCUGCCGGACACAUUAGCAUGUAUGCAAUUCUCUACGGUCCGCCACUGCGCUCAAAUAGGAAUUGUGUGUGUGUGAUGCAUAUUUAUGAUAAUCAGUCAUAUUUUGGUAACAGCCAGAGAAUGGGGACUGCACGGGGGUGAAGCACACGAUAUUAAAACAGCUGCUGAGACUGAAA